AUGGGCGAGGCGGAUCAUACUCUGCAGCUAGCCGAGUUCCUCUCACGACUGCAGUACGAUGAUCUCCCGCCUCAAGUCAUCCUCCAGGCCAAGAAAUCGAUCCUCAAUGCCCUAGCUUGCGGGCUGGGCUAUGCUCGGCACGCCCCCGCUGAGAAAGUGUUCUCAAUGAUCCGUACCGGGCAGGCCAGCGAAGAAGCCACCAUCCUGGGCCGGCAGGAGCUCACCAGCAUCGAAAACGCUAUUCUUAUCAAUGGCAUUGCCUUGACUACGGCUGACUACGACGACACGUAUCUCAAGACGGUCAUACACCCUAGUGGUACCUCUCUCGCCGCCUUGCUUUCCUGGGCCGAGGUGAAUCAUAUGAGCGGGAAGGAUUUCUUGCUGGCGUUUGUUUGCGGCGUAGAAACGCAGAUAGCGGUGGGGAAUGUCGUGUCGCCGUCUCAUUAUCAUGAUGGAUGGCAUAUCACCGGCACAACAGGUAGUUUUGGGGCUGCAGCGGCCAUUGCUAAAGCGCAGAGAUUGAAUCCACAACAAUUCUUAGCAGCGCUCAGCCAUUCGGCUUCUAUGGCCGCCGGCAUCAGAGCCAUGUUCGGCACCGACACCAAGACGCUCCACAUGGGGAGAAGUGCCCAGAAUGGUCUCUUGUCGGCCCAACUUGCAUCACACGGAUUUGAGAGCUGUCCUCGAGCGAUCGAACGAUGGGCAACCUUGGUCUCCACCACCGUCAGCAAAGAUUCGUUAUCUGAACUGGCUCGCGGAGGCACCUACCAGAUCGUGGAGAAUACCUUCAAGCCUUAUCCGUGUGGGAUCGUCAUCCACCCAUUGAUAGACGCGGCGCGUGAAGCGCACCGGAGCUUCCAGCAGAACGAUGCUGUAGGAGAUGUGGCGGACAUAGAAUCGAUUGAAGCGACAGUGAACCCACUCUGCGUCCGCUUAUGCUCCGUUCGACACCCCAAGACAGGCAUGGAGACAAUCUUUUCCUUAUAUCACGGCAUUGCCGUGGGUAUUCUCUACGACCAAGCUGGACCGACCCAGUUCUCGGAUCACGGUUGCAAAGACGAAUCAGCAAAGCAACUCCGAGACAAGAUCGAGGUCCGAACCGACACAAAGCUGGCCGACGACACUGCGACGUUGAAGAUUACCUUUUUGAACAAGCAAGAGCGGACGUUCCAUGUCGAGCACGCGACAGGGUCCCUGGCGAACCCGAUGACAUCCGAGCAGUUGGAGGCAAAGUUUGCGGAUUUGUCAAGCCGCGUGCUGGGGGACUCUGGCACACGCAAUGUCAUCAAACAGUGUUGGAAUCUCGAUGAGGUUACCGACAUGUCUGAAUUCGUGCAAUUACUUACGCCUACCUAG